AUGUCGAAGUUAAUUUACGCCUACACAUUUGUAGUCGUAAAUGGUAGUCGUUACUCUCACGAAUGGAUUCAAGCGCAAGGCUACGAAGGGGGUCAGGCUCAACAUAAUCAAGCUGGAUCCUUCGGGACUAUGAAGAUGGCGAAUCCACAUGAACCUCAUUUCUUUAAGCCGCUGCUUCCUGGUUUCCAAAGUGGCGUCACAAUACCACUUGCCUUCUUCUCAAAGCACAUAGAAGGGAAGACGAACCAGAAAACAUGGAAACUAAGAUCAGACGCUUCAGAUCAAACUUGGGAAGUGAUACAAGAAGACAGGACACUCACCAGAGGUUGGAAAGAUUUCACCACAGCACAUGACCUUCAAAUCGGUGACCUUGUCAUCUUCAAACACGAAGGAGACAUGGUGUUUCAUGUCACUCCUUUUGGUCCUAGCUGUUGUGAGAUUCAGUAUACACAUCCUCACAUCAUCAAGGAAGAAGCCGACGCGGGUGAUGCUGAUGACAAUGAGAUUAGUAAGUCUUGA